ACGGAGAAGAAGGAAGCUUGAAAGGUAUGGGGUGGUUUGAAAAUAGUCACUUUGAGGAAUCAGUGGGAGAACAGACAUGUAUACUUUCUUGCUGACAUUGAAAUGUCAGUUAAAGAGCCCAUGAACUGUGUAGUGGUAGGAAUCUGUGUGGGUACGGGAUUUCUCCAGUCCCACCCAGAUACUGAAGUAUGAAAUUGUCCAUUGGCCCCACUAACUAGGGUUUUAAAUAUAUUCUUUCUUCUAGGGAUUUUUUGAACUGAUACCACAGGAUCUCAUCAAAAUUUUUGAUGAAAAUGAACUAGAGCUUCUGAUGUGUGGCUUGGGAGAUGUGGAUGUGAAUGACUGGAGAGAGCACGCAAAGUACAAAAAUGGCUACAGCAUAAAUCAUCAAGUCAUCCAGUGGUUUUGGAAGGCUGUUUUAAUGAUGGACUCAGAAAAAAGAAUACGAUUACUUCAGUUUGUCACUGGCACAUCCCGUGUGCCUAUGAAUGGAUUUGCUGAACUGUAUGGCUCAAACGGACCACAGUCAUUUACAGUUGAGCAGUGGGGCACGCCUGAGAAGCUGCCAAGAGCUCAUACCUGCUUUAAUCGCCUGGACUUGCCACCCUAUGAGUCAUUUGAAGAAUUGUGGGAUAAACUUCAGAUGGCCAUUGAGAACACUCAGGGUUUUGAUGGCGUUGAUUAGAUUUCAAGUAACCAUUUAUGGUGUUUUACUGCCACUUUUUUUUAAAGCAAAAUCUUGACUUAAAAUUUUCCAGGGAACUACUAAUCCUUGGCCAUUGAUGCUUCUCAGAUAUUGGAGAAAAUCAUGUCAAUGAAUUAGAAGAAAUAGUAUUGACAACUUUUCCAUUAUUUCAUUCAUUUUAAUAAUGUGUUGCAUUUACAUAGUUGUUUUGUUCUAUUUUGAGUUCACACCCAAGGAUUUAAGUCCUGUGUGCCUGAAAUAGUGAGUUUUGUCCUUGGAUUUACCUCUUUAACAGUAUUUGCCAGGCAGUUCUUUCUUAAACUACUGAAAUGAUAACUGUGAAUACCUGUGAUAAGUGUCAUGUGUGAAAAGUGUGAUUUUUUUUUGAGAAGGAGAACUGAAAUUUGGGGGAAAAAAACUUCAAUACUGAGUACACGACAAUAUAUUCAGUGCUGCCUGCAGCUAGUUAUUAUUUUUUAGACCUGCCUACUGCACGUGCAGUAACAGGUUUUUGUAAAAAUUUUGCAAGGUGUGUUACCUAUAUUUUCAGUCAACUGAUUAACUUACAAAAAGCUGUUUACUUCUUCAUUUUAAAAGUAUUUGGCUUUUGUUAGUACACAGUUUUACUAAACAAGGUAGUUCAUAGGACAUGUGAAGCAAAUUCAGAUUUGCGAAAGUUGAAAGGUAUCAGUGCCUCCCACUUGCCUGUAUAUCCUAUGGCUCAUUGAUAAAGCCAUUAUUCUUUACUGUUUUCAUUUAGUUAAAAGAAUUCCUUCUUCAAACUAAAGCUCAACAAAGCAGUAUUCCUAAAUAUGCCUUGAAGAACUAAGUUAAAUGUGUAAUACUUGCCUUUACUAGUCAUUCUUUAAACUUGCACAAUUAUGUAGUACUUAUAUGUUUACAGGGUUUAUUAUGUUUACAGAUUAAGCUAAUUUCUGUAGUUGCAUUUUUAUAUUUUUAGUAUUUCACUUUAGUCAAGAAAACCAAAUAAUUUGUUAAAAAUUACCAAAGAAUAGUUACAGUGUAUCAUUUGUAUUAAAUUUAUUACCAUGUUUCUUAUGCUUUUUAAAAAACUGUUUACUAUGAAAAUAAUGUUUUGCUAUAAAUCCAAAACUCUUUAGGCAAAAUGCUAAAGAUAGACUUCUACUUUAGCUAAAUAGAAGUACAUAAAAAUCCUGUGCAUGCAUUCAACAAAGGUUUACUGAAUGCCUGCGAUAUGCAUAGCUCUGUCUAAGCCAAAGGGUGAGAGUUAUCAGCUUCAAAGAAAUCCAUCCCCAUCCUCAAGGAACUUAGAGACGUGUAAAGGAAUUUUGAAACCAUCAAAAGUCAGGGUGAGCAGAAUAAGGCGAAAGGGAAAGUGUUUUAGUGCACCUGGAAAGGUAAAGUGUGCCAAGGCUGUAUUUAUAUACUUUAUACCUGUAUUGGAAUGAUUGUAUAGAAAAAUGCUCUUGAAAAAAGUUAAAGCUAUUUCUCAAUAUGGUAUUUUGGUGAUUUAGGGAUAAUUGUAAAUAUAUGUUAUGAAUCUUCUGAAAUACACACACACACACACACACUCCAAGAGGUAUAAAAAGUGUAUCCGGCUGUUGGUUACAGUUUGCUGGGGUCUAAUACCAUGUGUACUUUUCAGCACCUGGUAGCGAUCUCAUAAGUGACAGAAGCAAAACCACUUUCCAAACAUCACAUCAACAGCCCAGCUUAGAGAAAGUAAUUCACAGAUCCGUGCACCCUCUGUCUUAUCUUCUGUGUUAAACAGCUUUCAGGGGAAACACCCUGUUUUUACCACUUACCAAAUGUUUAAACUGAAGCAACAUACUUCACCUCUCUGGGGGUUCUUCAUCUGUCAAAGGAAAAUAACCAUGCAUCACACUCUCAUUGUCAUGUAAGAUUGUUGUCAGUUCCAGAGAGAUGCUCUGUAAAGUCUCAUACAAUCAGAAGGUACUUUGUGCCGGCCGUCAGAUUUUGUCAAAUCAGAUGUGAACAUGAACCACACUCCCAAAGAGAAAUCUCUUCAUUUAAACAUGAGUUGACUGCUAACAGACAAGGCAGGAUCAUCUCUGGUAUUGAAUACAUACAAAUUAUGUAUGUAUACAUAUUUUUAUCUGUAUAUGGAUCUUACCAUCAGAAUUCAUUUUCUCCACAUGAGCAAAGUAAUGUUAAGAUGGGCCAAUGCAUUUUGGAAUGUUCUCAUUAUGUAGAACUGAACGUGAAAACUGCUUUUGUUAAAAAAGGAUUUUACCACAUGAUUGUUUAAAUAUCACUUCUGUCAAAUAUGGCAGAUAUCAGACCUUGAGAAAAUACAUAGCUUGCUUUUCACCUGACUCAUUCACUUGGAUGAUUCUGUGACUCAGAUAAAACAGCGUGUUAAUAAGACCAGACACUCCCACCAGCACCCAGCCAUAGACCAGCAUCUGCUUCAUUUUCCAGUUAUGCAGUGAUGGUCUGAAAGGAACCUGUAUCAAGCAACACAGCCCCUCAUCCCAAACAGCAAAGUAUCUCAAAACGCAUUCUACAGCUGGAAGUAAAUAGGGUCAUUUUCUUAAAGCAAGGAUGUCAUAUUUUUCUAGAACUUAUAAGCACAUAAUUUUAGCCUAUAUUUUCUCUGUAAUCAAACAAAUUUUAAUGGACAUAAAAUUGUAUUACAAAUGCAUUUCAUCCUAAUUUAAAUGGUUUUGUUUUAAUUUUUUAUUUAUAAUGCUGAAAUUCCAGAGAAUUAUCAAGUCAAACAACUCUUUUGAAUUAUAAGCCACUUGACAUUGUUUUCUAAAAUCUUCUCAUAUGGGAAAAAUAUUA